AUUACAAAAUGGUGAACCGUGUUUUACUUGUUUUACGAUCUGCUACUGGAACUGUGUGAUAUAUAAUUUUAAAAGUUGUACACCACUUAGUUUUUAUAAACGAUGACAACCUUAAUAGAUAAAAUAGAGAUGCUCAUCAAAAGGGAAAAGACCACACCGGAGCGAAAAAAAGAAGAUACUACGAAGUCGUCAAGCGAGAUUCUAUCAGAACUUUUCAGUGCUUUUAACGCUGACCCGCCUAAGAUUGAAGAGAUUCCGUUUAAGAAAUCCAAAAAGGGUAAGAAGAAACACGAGAAAGAUAAGAAGAAACAUAAGAAAGACAAAAAAAAACGGAGUCGGAGCUCUAGUUCUAGUAGUGCUUCUGAGAGUAGUGAUUAUUCUCAUAAACGCAAAAAAAGAAAAAAGAGUAAGCCCAAAAAACGACCAGAGCGUUCGCCGUCUACCGGUCGGUCUUGCACGCCUUUGUUAGUGAAUUUUGAACCAGAAAAAAAGAUAAAGAAAGAAAACAUAAAGAAAGAAAACAUAAAGAAAGAAAACAUAAAGAAAGAAAACAUAAAGAAAGAAAACAUAAAGACAGAAAACAUAAAGAAAGAAAACAAAAUUGUCAAAAUAGACCAACCAGAAAAAGAAAAACUUAAGGUAGAAAAAGAUAUAAAUAAUGAAUGUCCUGUUAAGGUAGAAAAGGUAAUGGACAAAAGUGAACCAACUAGUAAAAUUGAUGCAAGCAGUAUCCCUAUGCCUGUAGCUCCUACAGAAAACAAAACUGGUUGUAAAGAUUUGCGUUUAAAGCUUGACAAAAAGCAAGAUGCAGCAGCAGAAAGUGAUAAAGCUAAGAGUAAAAUUCAAAUAAAGAACUUAAAGUUUAGUGCAGUGUUUGAAGAGACAGUGAAAAAGGCAGAAGAAGAAGCCAGGAAGAAAGCUGAAAAGGAAGAAGAAGGGGAAUUAACUGACUCAUCUAACAGCAGUGUAAAAGAAGAUGUAACAAACUCAAAUUUCCCAAAAUCUGCAGAUCCAGGGGGAAUACUAAAAAAGCAAGCUGCUGAGGAGAUUAAAGUUGUGGAAGAAAAAAUUUUAACCAUUACAAAACCGAAAAUUACUGAAAAGACCCACAAAUCUUCACGUAGAGAUAGAAGCAGAUCUAAAAAAAGGGACAGAAGUAGAUCUAAGAAAAGGGAUAGAAGUAGAUCCAAAAAAAGGGAUAGAAGUAGAUCUAAAAAAAGAUCACGCAGUAAAUCACGUCGCUCAAGAUCUGGCUCAACUUCAAAGCGCAGCAGACCCUCUUCAACUAGAUCCAGACGCAGAAGCCGUUCGUCACACCGCUCCAGGUCUAGACGAAGGACUCCGUCUAGAAUACGGCAUCGAUCGCCUCCUAAAGUACAGCAUAGAAGUAGACUGUCGCCAAGGCAUAGAGGGCGAAGAUCUAGAUCUCCAACUGGCGUCAAACUAGCUGACAGCGAAAAGAAGCGUCUGUUGGAAGUGGCGCGACGAAAUGCCAUCAACAUGCUCAAAAACGGCGCAGUCCCGGCCGGUGCUGCGGUCCUACCUCCUCACACAAGAAACCAGGUCAUGGCUGCCAUACAAUCUGGAGGUAAAUCGGUUGACGAACUAACCGACUUCUGUAAGCAUCUGUCAAAGAAGGAGGCCCUAGGAGAGCUGUCAUCGGUGUCAUCCAACGAUGACGGCAUGAGUGAGAACGAGGACACCAUAGCUUUCCACCACCCCUUCCUCGUCAAAGAGAAGGCGCCUAUCGUUAUGAAUAUACGGGGCGGAGCUCCACUGCCGAUAAAGACGAACGCGCUACCAGUUGCCAAUAAGGAAGAGCUUCGACUUCAAUUCCCUGUGUCUUCGGGCUCACAGCACAGGGAAAAGGCGUCAGAGUGGGUUCCGGUCUCGCCUAAGAGGGGGGACAUGCAAGUUGCUAAGCUGAAUUCGAGGUCUCCAGAUAUAUCGAGCCCCCCAGGGGAGAAAUCAAGUUCUGAGCCGCUGGCUUUACCGGCACCGCCAUCACCAACUUACUUGAAGAGUUUUACUUCUGGCAGUCAAUUAGCCUCAGUCCCCGCCAUAGCUGCCCCGGGACCGCAAGCCUAUCCCCCGCGAGUUGACAAUCCAAAACUGGAUAUGGCCAUCAUGGUAUCACAAAAGCUGUCUCUGAUUCGCAAAGAACAAGAACAAAAUGAAUCGGACCCUGUACAAAGUUUCGGUUGGGCGGCAAAGGACUCCACGCUGGGUCAGUUCACGGGUUCCACGGGUGCGCAGAUACUCACGCCCCGAGAACUUGCCAGCGGUACGCAGGCGUGGGCGAAAAAGGAUCAAUUGGUACGCGCGGCACCGGUUGAAGGCGGUAUGGGAAUGCAUCUACUUCAGAAAAUGGGCUGGACUCCUGGCCAAGGUUUGGGUAAAGAAGGAACUGGGACCCUUCAGCCUCUGCUGUUAGAGGUUAAAUUGGACACUAGAGGUCUGACGUCGAAAGAAGAGGUCACCAGCAGGCACGGAAAGUCUGUAAAAACUCAGAGAGGUGGGUCAGGUCGUCGCUGCCCCGCCCCUCUGGUUGCGGGCGGUAAGCACCCGGUGUCGUUGCUGGGUGAAUAUUGUUCCAAACAGAAACUGGGCCCACCCGAGUACAGCCUAUGUUUCGAGUGUGGACCGGAUCAUAAGAAAAACUUCCUUUUUAAGGUAAAAGUAGCAGGAGUAGAAUAUCAACCGGCCGUUGCGAGCGCAAACAAGAAACAAGCAAAGGCUGACUCGGCACAGCUUGCACUGCAGAAACUAGGUGAAAGUAGCAGGAGUAGAAUAUCAACCGGCCGUUGCGAGCGCCAACAAGAAGCAAGCAAAGGCUGAUUCGGCGCAGCUUGCACUGCAGAAAUUAGGCAUUAUGAUUUAGUUUAGUUAAGUCAACACAUAGUUUUUACACAUCACAAUAUUAUGUAAUGUUUCUAUGUAAUAAAAUGUAUUACAUUUAUUGCAUGUUAUAUGUUAUUGAUACACUUAGGCACUGUAACCAAAAUAAUUUGAUACAGAUUAAUUCCAAUACUUGGGAUGGUUUUUGACCCAAAGCUUCAAUAAGAUAAGUUGCUGUAUCAAAAUGUGUAAAGCCAGAUGUCACAUUGGUAAACCAAACAACAGUGGAAUAAAACAAAUAUUUUAUUUAAAUAAACAUGUUAUUAAUUUAUCUAAUGCAUAAUUAUAACAUUUUCAUAGUACAUAAGGUGUUUUAAUAAACAAUGACUUUAGAGGA